GCGGCGGGGUCGGCCGCCCGCGUGGUGCCCGCGGCCCUCGCAGCCCCGCCAUGGCCUGCUACAUCUACCAGCUGCCCUCCUGGGUGCUGGACGACCUGUGCCGCAACAUGGACACGCUCAGCGAGUGGGACUGGAUGCACUUCGCCUCCUACGUGGUCACAGACCUGACCCAGCUGCGGAAGAUCAAGUCGAUGGAGCGGGUGCAGGGCGUGAGCAUCACCCGGGAGCUGCUGUGGUGGUGGGGGAUGCGGCAGGCCACCGUCCAGCAGCUGGUGGACCUCCUGUGCCGCCUGGAGCUCUACCGCGCCGCCCAGAUCAUCCUGAACUGGAAACCAGCUCCUGAAAUCAAGUCUUCCAUCCCAUAUGUCCCGGAUGCUGUGAAGCCAGGAAGGCCUUUGGCAGCUUCUGCAAGAAACACCAAGGAUGAAGAGGAACAGGGGCAGCCCGUGAGGACAGCUGCCUUCCCAGGCUCAAGGCCCACUCCAGCCAGAGCCAACCUCCUGCCUCCUCCUGAAGAUGCCUCUUCUUCCUUAAAAACCGACCUUCCCGCUUCAUCUGAUUCAAAGGAUGUCAGCACCUCCAUUCCUAAGCAGGAAACUCUUUUGAGCCUGGCCGGAGACAGCCUUUUCUGGAGCGAGGUGGACGUGGUCCAAGCAACUGACAACUUCAACCAAAACCACAAAAUCAGCGAGGGGACCUUUGCUGACAUCUACAGAGGGCAAAGGCAUGGCGAGCCCUUCGUCUUCAAGAAGCUCAGAGAGAUGGCCUGCUCAGGUCUAGGAUCAAUCAAAAAAUUUUUCCAGGCAGAGGUACAAAUCUCUCAUAGAUGCUGCCACCCCAACGUCUUACCUCUGCUGGGCUUCUGCACUGGAGAACAGUUUUACAGCUUGAUCUACCCCUACAUGGCAAACGGUUCUUUACAGGACAGACUCCAGUGUCAGGGUGGCUCGGACCCCCUCCUCUGGCCCCAGCGCGUCAGCAUCUGCUCAGGGCUGCUUCGUGCUGUGGAGCACCUGCACGGCCUGGAGAUCAUCCACAGCAACAUCAAGAGCUCCAAUGUUUUGCUAGACCAAAACUUCACCCCUAAGCUGGCGCAUCCAAUGGCUCACCUGUGUCCUGCCAACGAAAGGUCAAGGUACACUGUGAUGAGGACCCACCUUUUCCAGGCCUCAGCUGCAUAUCUGCCAGAAGAUUUCAUCAGGGUGGGGCAGCUGACAAAGCGAGUGGACAUCUUCAGCUGUGGAAUAGUGUUGGCUGAGGUCCUCACUGGCAUCCCCGCGAUGGAUAACGACCGAAGCCCGGUUUACCUGAAGGAUUUACUCCUCAGUGAAAUUCCAAGCAGCAGCACCUCGCUCUGCUCCAGGAAGACGGGCGUGGAGAAGGCGAUGGCCAAGGAGCUCUGCCAGACGUACCUGGAGAGGAGAGCAGGGCGGCUGCCGCAGGACUGCGCCGAGGCGCUGGCCACGGCCGCCUGCCUCUGCCUGCGGAGGCGGACCGCCAGCCUGGCGGAGGUGUGUGGCUCUGUGGCCGCCGUGGAGGAGCAGCUCAGAGGUCAGGAGACCUCGGUCCCUUGGAGUGGGCUUUCUGAGGGCACAGGCUCUUCCUCCAACACCCCAGAAGAAACGGAUGACGUGGACAAUUCCAGCCUUGAUGCCGCCUCCUCCAUGGGGGCGGCACCCUGGACUGGGGCUGCUGCCUUGCCUCCCCCGACAGAGGAUGGAGAAGGCAGGCCUCCAGCUGGUGUGGAAAUAGAGGCUAACUCCUCCUCUGAGGCCUGUGCCAGCCCGGAGCCUCCCGGGGAUGCUACAGAGACUUCGUGGAAAAUUGAGAUCAAUGAGGCCAAAAGGAAGCUGAUGCAGAAUAUCCUGCUCUACAAAGAGGAGCAACUGGACAGCGUCGAGCUCUUUGGCCUCUGAUGAUCAGAACACAGCUGGGGACACUUGUCCUAAAGUGGAAAGACGACUGUCAAAUCAAGAAAAAGAUAUGAGGCGAAUUAAGAUCUCCCAGGAAACACAGAAACCAAACAUCAGCUUUCCUGGGAGGGAGAGAAACUUCCAUUUUACCAGUGUGAGGUAGGGGAGAAGGGAUGUCAGCUGUGGGAGACACAAAAAUCCGUGAAGUCCUCUUCCUUUCUGGAAUUUGUCGGUCAGAGCUGGGUAUCAGGAGACUGAAGCGGAAAUUCUGGUACAUGAGCCCAGGGUGUGGGCGAUUUUGUGGUUCCAGGGAGCGUGUGACAGUAACCACCCAGCAGAUGCUGUCACCCAGCUCUCACCCCUUGACAACUGACAGCGUUCUGAAUGCUGAUGGCACUUUCCAACAUUGAGAUCUCUGGGUCAUGUUUGCCAACAACCGCCUGCAAACAUCUGUGACCUGAAAGAUUUUCAGCUUGUGUCCCAGUGCAGUUCUUGACUUUCUCAAGGUCUCAGGUCUUACAAACGCCAGACACCUGGCAAAGGGCUCUGUAAGUCUUCUGCUUUCUCUACUGGAACUCUUGCAACCCACAGAUAUUUAUUUGAUGCCCGCUC